AGCUAACAAGCUCAUUACAGCUCUUCUUGGAGACAGGGGCUGUGCAGGACGCGAGGAACAGCCUUAGUUUUUAUAUUGGACCAGAGAUGUGAGUGGGAGGAGAGACCAUUUCAGAGAUUAAAAAUAGCCUCUAAUACCUCUUUUUUUCUUCUUCAGCAGACUUCGACAGUAUAAAGAGCGCCUGUUUAGUGGACACGGAGUGCACUAAAGCGCGGAGUUCAGACAGAGCGCACACAGAGUUACUAACUCUAUAUAGGCUUGUGUCCUCUAUCUGAGUCAAGGCAUGUGGACCAAACAGGAAUAUACCACAGGUCUUCGCCGAUGAAAGCACAAGCUGGAUAAUUAGUUCAUAUUUCAGACCAAGUCCUAAUCCUUUUAACGCGGGACAGCGGCAAGUCGCAGCGGAUAAAGCGCAGGAUAAAACGCGGCAUCACGCUCAGCAUAAAGUGCCUCAAAAUCUCUGACUAUCGGAUAAAAUGUGUCCGUGGUAUUCUAUUGUACUUCUAACUGCUUGUGCAUUCAGUGGAUCUGUUUCCGAGGCGCCUGAAGCAGAAGAGAUCCUGCCUGUCCGUUUAACGAGACGCACCGGGAGACGCGUAGCGAAGAGAAGUGAAGAUCAUCCGAGUUUUAGCUUCACAGCUUUCGGGCGCAAUUUCACACUCAGUCUACAACCGGACACUAACUUUAUUUCCUCCUCAAUGACAGUGUAUCAUAUCCAAGGAGCCAAGGAUUUAUCUGCAGCCGUACCAGAGAGACAGGUGUCCAUCUCCGAUCUAGCAGAUGUGAAGAAGGGUAAAACUGCAACAGCUGGAUCGGAUCUGCGACGCUGCUUCUUUACAGGAACUGUGGACUUUGAUGAUGAUUCAGUGGUGUCGGUAAGUCUCUGUCACGGCAUCGUGGGAUCGUUUCUUUCGGACGGAGAUGAGUACCAGAUCAAGCCCAAGCGCUUUGUCGCUGGGGCGAACGAGAGCGCCACGGAACAGCCGCAUGUCAUCACAAGACAAAAACUGACCAAAACACUUGCGCAAAUAGAUGGUGAAAGUUUCCCGAUGUCUGGGAAGCACAGCAGGACCAGCUCAGGGUCUUCCAGACGCAGGCGCUUUGUCUCCGUGCCGAGAUUUAUCGAGACUCUGGUGGUGGCGGACGCGUCAGUGUCCACUUUCUAUGGAGAAGACACAAAGCACUAUGUCUUGACCUUGGUGUCCAUGGCUGCUCAGAUUUACAAGCAUCCCAGCAUUAAAAACUCUCUGAACAUGGUGGUAGUGAAGUUGCUGAUAGUGGAAGACAAGGAGGUUGGACCAUUCGUCUCCAGUAACGGAGGCUUGGCACUGCGGAAUUUCUGUUCUUGGCAGCAGCAAUUCAACCCAUCCAGCCAGAGGCAUCCUGAGCAUUACGACACGGCUCUGCUCAUCACUAGAGAGGACAUCUGUGGCCACCAGAGCUGUGACACACUUGGCAUUGCUGAUGUGGGGACCAUGUGUGACCCUAAAAGGAGCUGUUCUGUUAUUGAAGACAACGGAUUACAGGCAGCAUUCACAAUAGCUCACGAAUUAGGCCACGUGAUGAGUAUGCCUCAUGAUGAUUCCAAGAACUGUGAGAGGUAUUUUGGAAAUCUGCCCAAGCACCAUGUUAUGGCUCCGGUUUAUACAAGCUUCAAAAAGAGGUCCCCCUGGUCCCCAUGCAGUGCAUUCUACAUCACAGAGUUCUUUGACAAUGGCCAUGGAGACUGCCUACUGGAUGCCCCUGAGAAGAUUUUUCCGUUGCCCACGGAGUUGCCUGGUGUGAUUUAUAGUCUGGACCAACAAUGCCAGCAGAUCUUUGGAGAAAAUUAUUUACAUUGUCAGAAUGCCUCUGCUGGGGAGGUGUGCAGUCAGCUCUGGUGCCAGGAGGAAGGCCAGUCUCUGUGUACCACCACAAAUGGGAGUUUGCCCUGGGCAGAUGGUACAGAUUGCGCCUCUGACAGGAAGUGCUUGGAUGGUGUUUGCACUGUGUCUGAGGAAGUAAUGGAACCAAAGGAGGUGGUGAAUGGAGGCUGGGGACAAUGGGGAGAGUGGAAGCCUUGCUCUCGCUCCUGUGGUGGAGGAGUAAUGUUCUCGUACAGAGAGUGUGAUCAGCCAGCUCCACAGAACCAAGGGAAAUACUGUGAGGGACAAAGAGUUCAGUAUCGCUCCUGCAAUACACAGGCCUGUGAAAGCAGCCAUGGGAAAAGCUUCCGUGAAGAGCAGUGUGAGAAAUAUAACAAUCCCAAUCACUUCGAUAUUCGUGGAAAUGUCAAGCAGUGGAUACCAAAAUAUGCUGGUGUAUCACCACGGGACCGAUGCAAACUCUUUUGUAGAGCAAGAGGCAGCAGUGAAUUCAGAGUGUUUGAAGCCAAGGUCAUUGAUGGAACAGCAUGCAGUCCAGAUUCCACAUCGGUCUGUGUCCAAGGCCAGUGCAUUAAAGCUGGCUGUGAUCUUCAGAUUGGCUCCAGUAAGAAGCUUGACAAGUGUGGUGUGUGUGGUGGGAAUGGCCUUAGCUGCAGGAAGAUAUCAGGCUCAUAUAAUAAAAUCCUCCAGGGGUACAGUGAUAUUGUAACAAUCCCAGUAGGGGCCACCAAUAUUGACAUCAAGCAGCGGAGCCUCAAUGGCAAAAAGCAUGACGGGAUCUAUCUAGCCAUAAAAAGAGAAAACGGUGAGUAUUUACUGAAUGGCAACUUCUCUGUGGCCACUGUCGAACAAGACAUUCCAGCUUAUGGGGCUGUGUUCAAGUACAGUGGCUCAGCGACUAUCUUAGAACGGAUCCAGAGCUUCCGCCAACUCAAGGAAGCCGUCACCAUCCAGCUCCUGUCCACCACUGGAGAGACCACCCCAGCAAAGGUCAAAUAUACAUUCUUUAUCCCAAAAGGCAUCUCUUUCAGUAAAACUAAAGAAGGAAAGACAUCUGUCCAUCCUUUCGGUGUUCCACAAUGGGUAGUGGGAGAGUGGUCAGAAUGUUCUAAAAGCUGUGGUUCAGGGUGGUCUCGGAGAACUGUGGAGUGCAAGGACAAUGCUGGCUUUUACUUUAACCACUGUGACAAAGACCUCAGACCUGCCGACAUCAGGCCCUGUGCGGAUCUUCCAUGUCCCAUGUGGCAAAUAGGCCCAUGGUCAUCGUGUUCUCGAACAUGUGGUCAUGGGGAACGCCAUCGCAGUGUGGACUGCAUCGAUUUCACUGGGAAGGUUGUGGACAAAGCAAAGUGUGAUUCUUCCAAGCAACCCAACCCAGUGUUCGGAGAGUGCAUGUACCAGGAGUGCUAAACAUACUUAAGCAAACUUUAACUUUAGACCUGUCCUGAAGGGCACAAUUCCAGCACGGUUUGGUGAUUCCUACCAUCAUUAAUUCAUUCAUCUAGCUCAUUAGUUCGAUGCCAAGUUUAGAAGCUGGUAAAGCACCAAACUGUGCUUGACUCCAGCCAUGUAGAAUGACAGAAAAAUGAACAAACACUACUAACCUCCUUGACAGGGCUUUGAAGCAAAGCAGGAAAAGCUUAGUUGUAGGAUGAAAAACUAAACCAGUCCAAACGACAUGGCUUUGGCCUGUUUGAAUGAAGUGUUGUUUCCAACAUUUAUUUAAAACCACUAUUUCCAGUAGAGAUCUACCUCACAUGGAUAUAAUAUUUGAAAUCAGCGUCCUCCUAACUGGUUGUUUUCCUGUGCAGCUGCAAAUCAAUACAGACCAAAUAAAUCAGUACUCAGUCAUUCUGACCUUGGGAUACAUACAUUUUUGGAAGAUUUUAUGCUAGGUCUGACUGUCAUUUAUGUCAUAUAACAGUAACAACUCACGUACAAGCUAAUGACAGUUGAAUUCCUUUCUUAUUACGCGUUACAAAGUCAUUAACGUAUUUGCGAUACAGUUUUUAUCCAGAGCUAGUAGGAUUGUUGUGAUUUGUUCUGAGAAUAUGAUGAUGAAGAGUAUUUUGAUAUGACAGAGUCGAUAUGGCUUUCCCACCGUUUUCCUGUAGUAAUUUAAGCUAAGAAAUAGUUUAGUCAUGUAUGUGACAUGGUGCAUUUUCUGAACAUCUGUAUUACCUCAGGUGAUACCAGCAUGAUUUACUUUUUUUUAAUUGGUCAGACCGUUUCUGCAUUGUCACAUGACGUAAACUUCAUAUGAGCAUUCUAGUUGUGUAUAUUACAUGUAUCAAACAUAUCGAAAAACAGUAAUGUAUAUUAUCCCUUCAGUGAAGGUCCAUGCUAUUUUAUUAUUUCAUAACAUCUUCAUAGAGUUAUUAUUAUUAUUAUUAUUAUUAUUAUUAAGUUUAUAUAUUUUAAAUGGAAACUAAAUAAAAAGGAUAUUUCUUG